CGAAAGAAGUUCACGAUAUUGGUCACUGGAUUCGGACCAUUCCAAGACAAGUUCCCGGUGAAUCCCUCGUUCGAGAUCACGCAACGACUGCCCGAGUGCCUUCCUGCAACGUCUCAGAAGCACCCGGCAAUUCGUAUCAUUCCGUAUCCAAAGGCCAUACGGGUGGCCUUCGAAACUGUUCGCCAGCUGGUUCCACUUCUCCACAAUGACUAUGCCGGUACGAUAGAUGCGGUGCUGCAUAUCGGAAUGGCAUCUGGACGCAAACACUACUGCCUUGAGCGAUAUGCACAUCGAGAUGGCUACGUCAAGAACAGGGAUCUUGAUGGCAAGAUGCCUUCUGCGGACGAGGGCCGUACCAUCUUCGGAGACUGUCCUCCAAAGAUGACCACGUCCUUGGACUACGAUGACAUCUUGCUGAAAUGGCAGAGCAAUGUUCUGGGAAUACCGGAGGGAACACCGGGCUGCGAUGCUGAGGUGAAGGAAAGCCAUGACGCUGGUCACUACCUCUGCGACUACAUUUACUUCAACAGUCUAGCGCACACGGGACGGUGUUCCGGGAAGAUGCAAGGUGGCGAUAUCACAGCGAGGCCGGUACUGUUCUUGCAUGUUCCAGCUGAAAGCAAUGGAGAUAUGCUAGAACGAGGAACUACCAUCACAACUGAGUUGAUCCGAGCGAUAGCCGAUAGCUUC